AUGAGGCCAAGACAAACUCUGAAUCCUGCCAUCCCCAGAGGAGCGGAUCCAUCUGGUGUCCUAUCCACAUUUGGCAAGGAGAGGAAGGCAAGGAGAGGAAGGCAAGGAGAGGAAGGCAAGGAGAGGAAGGCAAGGAGAGGAAGGCAAGGAGAGGAAGGCAAGGAGAGGAAGGCAAGGAGAGGAAGGCAAGGAGAGGAAGGCAAGGAGAGGAAGGCAAGGAGAGGAAGGCAAGGAGAGGAAGGCAAGGAGAGGAAGGCAAGGAGAGGAAGGCAAGGAGAGGAAGGCAAGGAGAGGAAGGCAAGGAGAGGAAGGCAAGGAGAGGAAGGCAAGGAGAGGAAGGCAAGGAGAGGAAGGCAAGGAGAGGAAGGCAAGGAGAGGAAGGCAAGGAGAGGAAGGCAAGGAGAGGAAGGCAAGGAGAGGAAGGCAAGGAGAGGAAGGCAAGGAGAGGAAGGCAAGGAGAGGAAGGCAAGGAGAGGAAGGCAAGGAGAGGAAGGCAAGGAGAGGAAGGCAAGGAGAGGAAGGCAAGGAGAGGAAGGCAAGGAGAGGAAGGCAAGGAGAGGAAGGCAAGGAGAGGAAGGCAAGGAGAGGAAGGCAAGGAGAGGAAGGCAAGGAGAGGAAGGCAAGGAGAGGAAGGCAAGGAGAGGAAGGCAAGGAGAGGAAGGCAAGGAGAGGAAGGCAAGGAGAGGAAGGCAAGGAGAGGAAGGCAAGGAGAGGAAGGCAAGGAGAGGAAGGCAAGGAGAGGAAGGCAAGGAGAGGAAGGCAAGGAGAGGAAGGCAAGGAGAGGAAGGCAAGGAGAGGAAGGCAAGGGAAAGUGGACGUUAA